AUGGCUUCUGACAAAGGUCCUUCAGGUGGAGAUGCCACCUCGAGGAGAAGAAUCGAACCCUGGGAAUUUGAAGUCUUCUUUGACCCCAGACAACUCCGUAAAGAGGCCUGCCUGCUCUAUGAAAUCCAGUGGGGCACAAGCCGUAAGAUCUGGCGAAACUCAGGCAAAAACACCACCAACCAUGUGGAAAUCAAUUUUAUAGAAAAAUUUACUUUGGAAAGACAGUAUUGCCCGUCCAUCCACUGCUCCGUCACCUGGUUCCUGUCCUGGAGUCCCUGUUGGGAAUGCUCCAAGGCCAUUAGAGCAUUUUUGAGUCAACACCCUAGUGUGACUCUGGUUAUUUACGUAGCACGGCUUUUCUGGCACAUGGAGCCACAAAACCGGCAAGGACUCAGAGACCUCAUUAACAGUGGUGUGACUAUCCAGAUUAUGAGCGUCCCAGAAUAUGAUCAUUGCUGGAGGAAUUUUGUCAACUACCCACCUGGGAAAGAUCACUGGCCAGGAUACCCUGUGCUAUGGAUGAAGCUAUAUGCGCUGGAGCUCCACUGCAUAAUUCUAAGUCUCCCUCCUUGUUUAAAGAUUUCAAGAAGAAAUCAGAAUCAGCUUACAUUGUUCAGACUUACUCUUCAAAAUUGCCAUUACCAAACUAUUCCACCCCAUGUCCUUUUAGCUACAGGGUUGAUACAACUUCCUGUGACUUGGAGAUGA